AGACUCGGAGAUAGACAACUAAAUGUUGCCAAGACUCCGAGGUACACAUCUAACGUGUAAUGGUUUACGACCAUGUCCUCUAAGAUAAUUCUCGAUGCAGUUCUGUGGUUCGCGAAUCCUAGUACUCUCUUUCGCUUUCAAUUGUCAUUCCUCCUUUCCACCAAGUUGAAUUCCAGAGCACUGAGCACAUUAUUAUGGCCACUACACAUAUUAGCAGCGGUGUUUGUCUCUCGGUUUUAAGUCAUAGGAGGAGAAUCAAUAAAGUGAGAGCUGUUGCUUCUGACAAUGUUUCUACUCCAAUAAUCGAGUUAGACAAGGUGAAGUUGGGAGGCUCUGAUUUGAGGGUCACAAAGCUUGGAAUAGGAGCUUGGUCAUGGGGCGACACAACCUACUGGAACCUUUCUGGGUGGAAUGAUAGGAAUUUCAAGGCUGCUAAAUCUGCCUUUGACAUUAGUAUUGAUUCUGGUAUAACCUUUUUUGAUACUGCUGAAGUUUAUGGCUCUGCGCUAAUGGGUGCUAUAAAUUCGGAAACUCUUCUUGGAAGAUUUAUCAAGGAAAGGAAAGUAAGAGAUCCUGAUCUGGAGGUUGCAAUAGCAACAAAGUAUGCAGCUCUGCCUUGGAGGCUAGGACGGAAUAGUGUUCUAACUGCGCUUAAGGAUUCCCUUUCUCGCCUUGAACUUUCUUCAGUCGAGCUCUAUCAACUCCACUGGCCUGGAAUAUGGGGAAAUGAAGUCACUUUCAGAUUCAGAAGAAGCUCAGUUUAUUGGAAGUUCAUUUCAGGAUAUCUUGAUGGCCUUGGAGAUGCUGUCGAGCAGGGCCUUGUGAAGGCAGUUGGUGUUUCAAACUACAGUGAGAGCCGACUUCGUGGUGCUUAUGAGAAGCUUAAGAAAAGAGGUAUUCCACUAGCUUCAAACCAAGUGAAUUACAGCCUUAUAUAUAGGUUACCAGAGGAGAAUGGAGUGAAGGCAGCUUGUGAUGAACUUGGGAUCACUUUGAUUGCAUAUUCUCCCAUUGCUCAAGGUGUCCUCACAGGAAAGUAUACACCAGAAAAUCCACCAACUGGCCCUCGAGGCCGAAUUUACACACCUGAGUUUCUUAAAAAGCUUCAACCUCUAUUAAGCCGGAUCAAGGAAAUAGGAGAGAAGUACAGUAAAACUCCCACACAGGUAGCCUUGAACUGGCUAGUAGCUCAAGAAAAUGUUGUUCCAAUCCCAGGAGCAAAAACUGCAGAUCAGGCGGUGGAAUUUGCAGGAGCACUUGGGUGGAGGCUUGCAAUUGAAGAGGUCAAUGAACUGCGCUCUUUGGCAUUGGAGAUCCAGCCUGUAGUAGGCUUCCCUGUUGAGAAGUUAUAAUUUUUACUCAAAACAUUCUAUAAACUAAAUGCAACUCUGAUAACUCACUGGUCUCCAAACCAAAUUCCCUGUCUAAAUUACAUUGGUGCAGUUAUUUGCUAGAAAUCUUUUAAUAGUUUCUUAAUAGAUGUGAAUGUGUCGGAGAUGUGUAUAUAAUUAAGCUGUAUAUAAUAGAUCAAAAUGUAAAUAGAUCAAAUAAAUGCAUCCUAGUAGUUAAUACAUCACAA